GAAGACCGAACCUGUGUUCGCAAGGCACCUCGGUGCUCUUCCUGGUCAAACCCCCAAGCCCAUCCGCCUCACGACUCGCAUCUCGCACCAUAUUUCAUAAUGUCGUUCACAACGAGAGGACCUGAGAAUGAUAUCGAAAGUGGCCCAGCAAAGCAUGGGAUGAACAAGAACCCGGAUGACAGCCCAUCGAUCGACUCUACUGGAAAAGAAAACACGACAGACGACGCGGUGUUCGGCGAGAUCACCGAAGGAGGCCCCAACUACCGCAACGUGGGCUGGUUGGGUACCGUCGCGCUGAUGAUGAAAACCCAGGUCGGACUGGGCGUCCUUUCCAUCCCAGCGGUUUUCGACACACUUGGAAUGAUUCCCGGCGUCAUUUGCUUGCUGGUCAUCGCGUCCAUUAAUACCUGGUCGUGCUACAGUAUUGGAACGUUCAAAAUCAACCACCCUGAGGUGUAUGAUAUCAGCGAUGUCGGGUUCAAACUAUUUGGUCCUAUCGGUCGCGAAUGCUUUGCGGCUGCCUUCGUGUUGUUGUUAACGUUUUGCACGGCCUCGGGCAUGUUGAGCAUUGCCAUUUCGCUCAAUGCUCUAUCGACGCAUGCUGUUUGCACCGCCGUAUUCGUGGCCAUUGGAUGGGUCAUCGCAUUCGGAUGUGGCAGCAUACAGACUCUUAGCCGAAUCUCAGCGCUCGCCUGGGUUGGCCUCGUUUCCAUCAUCGUGGCCAUCUUCACCGUCACCAUCGCUGUGGGGGUUCAGGAGCGCCCAUAUGCCGCCCCCCAGGAGGGUGUUUGGCAGUCCGACUACAAGCUCUUCGCCACUCCCGAUUUUGCAUCGGCCUCUGCAGCCCUCUCGUCCCUCGUCUUCGCCUAUGGCGCCACUCCCGCUUUUUUCUCUAUCGUAUCUGAGAUGCGGGAACCUCGUCAUUACACUCGCGCCUUGAUCAUUUCUCAGGUCGGCAUGACUACGAUUUACCUCGUCAUCGGAAUCGUCGUAUACUAUUACUGUGGCUCUUACGUCGCUUCUCCCGCCCUGGGCUCGGCCGGUCCUAUCGUGAAAAGGGUUUCAUACGGGCUCGCAUUGCCUGGCCUCAUAGCGUCUACCACCCUUCUCACUCACUACCCGGCAAAGUACAUUUUUGUACGUGCUCUCCGCAACACACGCCACCUCGCCGCAAACACGAAAACCCACUGGGUAGCAUGGCUCAGCUGCACUUUCGGCGUUUCGAUUGUUGGAUACAUCAUCGCGUCUGCUAUCCCCGUUUUCGGAGGUCUCAUUUCCCUCAUCGGCGCUCUCUUCGCUACCUUGACAUCCUUCCAGCCUAUGGGUUUUAUGUGGUUCUAUGACAACUGGUCAAAGGGCACGGUCAAGGGGAGCAGGGUAAAAUGGAUGGUGAUGGUGGGCUGGGCUGUAUUCGUCAUCGUUGCUGGCACUUUCUUGAUGAUUGCUGGUACCUAUGGCUCGAUUGUAGGCAUCAUUGAUAGCUACAAAGAGAGCGGUGGUUCGGCGGCCUGGAGCUGCGCGGACAAUUCCAAUUCUGUAUAGCAUCCUUUUUAUAGUCAGCUUUAUCGCAUUCUUACCAUUUUCAUGCGCCUCUUAGAGGACGCUCUCAUCUUUCAAUACAUACUUUUCUGAAUCAAAGUUGCUCAACUUCGCAGUAUAUAUUCAUCUAAAGUGAGAGACAAAUUGGUAAAUCAUGUGCUCAUUAUCCUGAUACUGUGUACUGUCGAAAGGUAGCCAGAUGAGUUGGGUCUGUUUCUUGAAAACAUUGCAUACAUUGUCCGUCGUAGUAUCGC